AGUGGCUGACUGGGUAGGACUAUCUUGUUCCGGUCUCUCAGGUUGAGUCCCGACUUGUUUGUCUUGUCCUUCCAAUCGUUACAACAAGGCCGUGCUCUCUUACUCCGAGAUUUCGCCCACACUUCCAUAGGUGAAGACGGUUCCACAAACCUGUCCCCGCAUCGUCACUGUUACACGCCGAGUAUGACAAGACCCGAAACCCCUGCUGCCAAGAGCAAGGGCAAGGUGCUCCUAACUGGUGGCACCGGCUUCAUUGCCUCGCAUGUCCUUGACUCCUUGGUCGACCACGGCUACGAUGUUGUAGUGACUGUCCGGUCCGAGGAGAAAGGGCGGCGAAUCGAGAAAUCAAUCGACAAUGCGCUGGGCGUGCGGGUUUCUUUUGUCGUCGUCGAAAACAUUUCCGACGAUGGCGCGUUUGACGAGGCUGUCCAAGCAGACCCGCCGUUCGACUACGUCGUCCACACAGCCUCUCCGUACCAGCUGAGCUGGGAAGACCCGGUCCGUGAAUGUCUAGACCCGGCCAUAAGGGGCACCACGGGCAUUUUGAAGUCGAUCAAGGCCUUUGCGCCGAGCGUCAAGCGCGUCGUCAUCACGUCGUCCUCGGCCGCCAUCCUGAGUCCGCCAAACCAUCGCCCCGUCUACGACGAGACGUGCUGGAGCGACUCGACCAUGGAGCAGGCCAAGGACCCGCGGCAGACGUACCGAGUCGGCAAGAAAUUUGCCGAGAAAGCCGCGUGGGACUUUGUCGGCAGCGAGCAGCCGGGCUUCGACCUAGCGACCAUCAACAACACAUACACGUUCGGGCCGGUGCCGCGCAGCCUGCCGCACCUCGGUGCCGUCAACACGUCCAACCAGCGGAUCCUCGACCUAGUCGAGGGCCGCAUGCGCGCGGGCAUCGCGCCCACGGCCCCCGUCUUCACCUUUGUCGACGUGCGCGACGUCGCUCUCGCCCACGUGCGCGCCAUGACCGUCCCGCUCGCCGCCCCGGGUUCGCGCUUCUACGUCGUCGGCGGCUACUUCUCGAACCCGCGGAUCUGCGGCAUCAUCCGCGCUGCGCACCCCGAGCUCGCGGCCGCCUGUCUGCCGCCGCCCGAGGCUGACGCGCAGGAUGAUUUCCCGAGCGACCACUGGGCGUUUGACAACUCGCGCUCGCGGGACGUGCUGGGGCUGCAGUAUACCAGCCUUGAGAAGAGCGUCGGGGACACGGUCGAGUCGAUGUUGCGGCUUCGGAGCGCAGGGGGGAAGGCAUAA